ACGAAGAAGUCUUUUCAUUCCAGAGCUACCAACGGUAUCCAGGGUUGAGAUGUCGCACCGUCUCUGCAGACCCUCUCCACUCCAUCUACUACUGCUGUUCAUGAAUGCCCAUUGGGCGUCUGGCUUCAAGGACUGGUACUUCGGCGUCAAGAAGGUCCCCGACUUUCGUAUGAUGGCUGUGAAACCUGCCGGCUCAAUCAAGGACUCUGUGAUUUACACCUGUUCAGCAGCAUCUAAUGAAAGCGAUGUAGAUAUACGAUUCCUUAUCAACUUCCGAAAUCUGACCGACUUCUGCGCACCGACCACCUUUUGUCGAUCGCCACCUCGAGUAGGUCAGCGCACCAGCCACGUUUUGGGCUCUCUAUCUAUCUACGAGGCUCAACUGGAGUUCCGGCCCAGAAGACCCAUGUCUGGCACUGUGUCUUGCGUGUUUUCAACUGCGAAUGGGAAGCAGGCGUCUUUAGCUCAACUUUACGGAUUCUUUUGCGUCUACCGUGAGCUUCCCCCUCCUGAAGGAGACGCGGCGCUUCGCAGGUCUCUCUGUAAUCUUCAGCAAGGUUGCCGCUGGGAAGAAGCACACUGUACUGCCCUCAACCACUUACAUUGCGCUCCAUGCCAAGACGGAAUGGGAUUCGACCCCUACUAUCAUCUUUGCUACGACCCUAGACAAAUUAACCAGUCAUGCGUGUUUAAUCAUCAAUGCCGUCUGUCUGAUAAACGGUCUGUAUGUGUUGACCGACGUUGUCUUUGCAGAAGCAACCACGUAGUGACACCUGAAGGUUGCAAACCGGUGGUACAGUUGGGUUAUCUUUGUGGCCCUGGAACAGUCUGCAAGGAUCAACUUGAGUGCCGAGAUCAUGCUUGCCAUUGCCAGGAGGACGACACGCCAGUAAAUGGGACGUGCAUCCCACUAGGCAAGAUAGACAUCAAGGAUAUGAUGGUGAUUGCAACAUCGACCAUGAUUGUGUUUACGGCAUUUACGUCGAUGUUAUGUCUUCUGCUGCGAGACAAGCAAGAAGAGGACGAUGAUAUGCGUUCCGAACGCUCAAAGUACUCGAUGGGUUCCCUACGAAUGGUUCCGUCCGUUGGACCCAGCUUUUGAAGCUCAAUUUUGUUGUGCUCGCAUUUCUAAUUUUAUUUUGAUAAUUAUACACUAUAUC